AAACCAUCUCUCAAAAUGGCUUUGACUGUUCACAAGAAAGCUCCCCAAAAGGAGCGUUGCUUUACUCUCCUAUAAAAAGAAGCUCUUCUACUUCUUCUCGUUACCACAAAACUCUUUCACCGAUCUUCUCGUUCCAUUCUUCUUCCUAAUUACACCAUGCCCAACAUCACCAUGGGUUUGAAACCCGACCCGGUUGCUCCAACGAACCCGACUCAUCAUGAGAGUAAUGCUGCCAAAGAGAUUCGUUACAGAGGCGUUAGGAAACGUCCAUGGGGAAGAUACGCCGCUGAGAUCCGAGAUCCGGUUAAGAAAACUCGAGUCUGGCUCGGUACGUUCGACACCGCUCAGCAGGCGGCGCGUGCUUACGACGCAGCCGCGCGUGACUUUCGUGGUGUUAAGGCUAAGACCAAUUUCGGUGUUAUCGUUGGUAGUAGUCCUACUCAGAGUAGCACCGUCGUCGACUCUCCCACGGCGGCACGGUUUAUAACACCUCCGCACCUCGAGCUCAGCUUAGGCGGCGGCGGCGCGUGUCGUCGUAAGAUCCCGCUUGUGCAUCCGGUUUACUACUAUAACAUGGCGACGUAUCCAAAGAUGACGACGUGUGGUGUCCAGAGCGAGUCUGAAACGUCGUCGGUCGUUGAUUUCGAAGGUGGAGCUGGGAAGAUAUCUCCGCCGUUAGAUCUGGAUCUUAACUUAGCUCCUCCGGCGGAAUAGGCCGUGAGUUUUUUUUUUCUUAUGUCGUUUCUUUAGACAAAAAAAAAUAACGUUUCCUUUUUUUUUCUGCCUAAGAAAAAAAUAUUAUCCGUUUUUUAGAAGAAAGUGUAGAAAAGCUCCAAUAUAAUUUUUAGCUGCCGUGAAAAAAAAGUCGUUAUGUAUAUAUUAUUAUGAAACCCUAUUAUAAAUCGACGUAACAUAA